AUGACAAGAUCAGAGGGCUUUAGAUGCCACACCACCCCUUAUCAACAACAAGAGGCUGCGCAUGUGAGAUCGACUCCCGCCGCCAUUCAACAAUCAACCAGACCUCUCUUCCAACAAUCUCGAGAACUUCAAGCCGCCCUGUCAGAUGAUGACCCCGCCGAAGACUACACAGACGAAGACCACAUCUGCGAGAUGAUUGACGAAACUCUCGCCAUGCUUGAAGGCAAGCAAGACGUCGGCGUGUUUUGUGUCUGCAAGCCGACAUGCGAAUGUAAAGAAAAGUGUGCAGUCGCACCCAGGGACAAAGCAUGUCCUUGCAAAUGCUACGAAAGGAUGUGGCCACAUGUUAGACGCGAGCAGCCGCAGAACGCAGGCAACCAACCCCAGGCCCGCGUGCAAGAAGAACGCCCAACCACUCCCAGGAGCGUCUCAGUAUAUAGCCAAAAUUCAAUCCAAGCAAGUCUCCAGAGAGAAGACCAACAGGAAGUUCACACUCCUGACAACAAUCAUGCCUCUCUCUCGACAGAGGGCACCUGGAGUGCCAGUCGGGCAGAGCUCUGGGCCCGCCUCUCGGCACCGGGUCCGCCCACCCCAACAACAACAACUGCAAAGCCCAAGGCGGGCAGAGGUUAG